AUGGAGAGGCUCGCGGCAAGCAUUCAUAGUUACCAAGUUUUUCAUUCAUUUUUUUUUUUUGUCAGAGAUAACUUGGUGCCAAAGUAUGAAUGUUUACAGACUGAUAUCAGUCCAUGGCUUGAGGCUAAGCCUGAUCUGACAAAUGUGGAAGACGUCAGAACAGCAAUCGAAAGUCUACGAUUACGACUUCGUCAAAGGCUGGCAGACAAGAAGGGCUUGGAAGAGCAGAAUGAAAAAGAAAGUGUUGAAGAACUGCAACAGGUUGAAAGUGACAUUUCUGACAUAUAUUUGCAACUACACCAACGUUUUGAGGAUGAAAAUAAAUUUUUGGCGGAAUUGGCCAAGUCUACAUCAGAACACUUCCCUGAGCUUCCAAUAGCUCAUCCUGAACUGGGAAUUUCAGGAUUUUUGACAUCUAAUGGGCUGGUGAAACCAGGAAGAGAGUUGGAACAUUAUCCACACUACGACUCUGUUUCUUCUGUUAGCCAUGACAAGUGUUCUGUUAUCAAGACUGAAUUUGCUGGAAGGCCUUGUAUAUUGAAGGAGCUGAAUGUAGACAGAGAGGUGGGAGGCAUUGAAACUCUGCAAAGAAAAGCUGUUCACUUCCACAGUGUUGAUAACCCUUCCCUGAUGUCCUUGGAUGCUUUCUUUGUUACGGGAAACAGGGCAUUUGUUCAAAUGCCUGUUUUGAUGAGUGGUGAAGAAUGGCUUGCAUCUCAUGAGUGCUCGUCGGAGGUAAGCAUACAUUGACAGUCUGGUAGUUCCUUCUGGUGCCGUAUCUUUACCAGAAUAUUACUCAAGACAUAAACAAAACUGAAAUUUCGUUUUGUUUAUAACCGUUUUAAAUGUAAACCUUCUCUGAAGUAUGAACCAGAGUACUUCUUGCUUUCCAUUUGGGGGGAAGGGGAGGGAUGGAGUAGGGGACGGGGGAGAGGGGGAAGAGGGGUGAACGAGUGAUCGAUGGUGAGGAUUUAAGCAACUCAGUGUCUUGCGUUCUUUCACUGGCUUGCUCAUGUUGUACCACCCGCGAUCUUCCAGACUCUAUGUCCCACAUCAACAUUGGGAUUAAGAGGAGACUACAGUGAACUUGACUGCAUAAAUGCUAACUUGUAGCACAAACAAUUCUAAGCGCCAGUUAUAUAAGAGGCAAACAACAACGUGAAAUGACCACAUUUUAUGUAUUUUUGAGAACGAGAAGUACGACGGCUAAUUUUUCGUAUAUCUAUUGGGAAUUGAAUGCUGUCAUAU